CUGCCACUUACCUACUUUGACCUUUGCUUGUCUCAUCCUUGCGAGUACUCGCAUCUAAACAGCAACAUGAUCUCCCUGCAGCCACCCACGUUCAGCACCCUCCCUCCUAACGGGAACAGUGAUGGAAAUACCACCCAGUUCUGUAACAAGGUCCAGGUGCUCGAGAAUAAUUCUACUGUGACCACCACAAGCGUACCAUGUCCGCCAACCGGGUCUGCGGAUGGGACUCAAACGAGUGAAGCAAAUAGCGCGCAGACUGGAAGCACUGGUGUCGGUAAAAGUACUCAAAGAUCGGUAUCGCCAUCUAAAACACCGACAGUCAGUCCGACUGAAGCGGGGUCGAAUUCGACUAUUCCAACAGGCAGAAAGGGACUCGAGGCAGGUCCGGUGGCAGGCGUAGCUAUUGGAAUGCUUUUCGCUGGAGCGCUCAUCGCUGGAGUCAUCUUCUUGUUCUUACUGCGUCGCCAAAAGAAGCGACGAGCUACGUCGACUACCGCGCACUCCCGACAACACAGUUCAUACACGGAGCGGAAUCCCGCGGAAGACGAUGCCAUUACUGGUGAUCUUUCGAAGAUUCGAGACAACAUCAAGAAUCAUGUUCGGACUUACUAUCAUUCUGGUCCCAUCUCUGCUACAAACCUCAACGAAGCGGCUAUUCGCGACAUCGCAGCAUUGACUGGCACAAGCGCUGCACUUAUCGUCAAGACGCUCGCAGAUUCUCUCACUAGAGACAACGCUCUGCGUUUGAUUGUGGGAUCAGUGAUCCUCCCCAGAUGUACUGGCGAGCGGAGUCCUAGUCUGCUUCCAAACGAUGUGGCCGCUCUCGCCGCAUCCAUUCCAGCGAGCAAUGAAAAUAACUCCCAAUCAGUUCUGUUCAGCAAGUGGAAAAGCGUCACCGCAGUCUUGCUACAACAGCAAUAUGGCAAGCAGGGCCAGGAUCCUGAUCGAGCCGAAGCAUUCCAAGACACGGUCGCAUCCUUGGACUCGAUCUUGGCGCCGUUCAUCAAGGGCAACGUCGAUGGCCGUCAGCGUCGCAAGAAUCUAGACAUGAUCCUAACGCGCGCUGCUAACUUCGCCUUCUUGCUCUUUGCUCAGCCUGGUACUUUUUGCUUCGACUUCGCUAGCCAUCAAGGCGGCUUGACCGUCUUUCCAUCUUUGGUACAGACGGUUGGGGAUAGGGGCCAGCCUCUCAAUCCCAUCAAGGCAUUGACUGAGAAGGAGGUCGUAGCGGUAUGAUCAGGAGGGAGGUGUGGAGGCGGAAACGCCAGACUCGUCAUUCACUACUGUUUGCACGUUAGGCUGUGCGCUUGAGUAAUGAGCUUUGACGUAGUCAGGCUGUGAUCCGAGGCUAGAUCUUGGAUGCGCUUUGCGAAGGCUGAACGGUGAUGUUGGUUCAAAAGUUUCGGGCCGGCGCUACGGUACCGGUACCGGUAGCGCGUUUACGAAGUUACCGUACAAGUGGAGCAGCUGAAUGUCUUCAAGCCCUUCUCCUGCACGCUCCAUCAAUUCAUUAUCGGUGGCGCUUACGGG